CAGGAGGACAGAAAAUACUUUAGCCCUACAGCACAUCCUGUCAGCGAAGAAGAAAAGGAGGCUACACGUGUUUACUGCGCCCAGACAGAUAUCUUUUUGAUUAACUGUUUUAAAUUUGGAUUUCUGCAUCUUUAAUCGGAAUAAAACGAAGACAAAAUGCCGAAGGUCAGGCCGGAGAAGAAAAGCAGGCAGCACCAAGAGGUCAAGAACCAAGGGAUUAUGUUCAACACCGGGAUCGGUCAGCACAUCCUGAAGAAUCCAUUGGUGGUCAAUGGGAUCAUUGAGAAGGCUGCCCUGAGGCCGACGGAUGUGGUUCUGGAGGUGGGACCUGGUACUGGUAACAUGACGGUGAAACUGCUGGAAAAAGCCAAGAAGGUCGUGGCCUGUGAGUUGGACGGCAGAUUAGUGGCUGAACUUCAGAAAAGAGUACAGUGCACACCCAUGCAGGCCAAACUUCAAAUAUUAAUUGGAGAUGUCCUAAAAACAGAAUUGCCUUUCUUUGACGUCUGUGUGGCUAAUUUACCUUACCAGAUUUCGUCACCGUUUGUCUUCAAGCUCCUGCUGCAUCGACCUUUCUUCAGGUGUGCCGUUUUGAUGUUCCAGAGAGAGUUUGCCAUGCGACUUGUCGCCAAACCUGGAGACAAGCUGUUCUGCAGACUGUCCAUCAACACACAGCUACUGGCCCGUGUCGACCAUCUCAUGAAGGUCGGGAAGAAUAAUUUCCGUCCACCUCCAAAAGUCGAGUCAAGUGUUGUCAGGAUAGAACCGAAAAAUCCUCCUCCUCCAGUUAACUUCCAGGAAUGGGAUGGCCUGGUCAGAAUAGGCUUUGUAAGGAAAAACAAAACCCUAAAUGCAGCUUUCAAGUCCAAUGCGGUAGAACAGCUGUUGGAAAAGAACUACAGAAUUCACUGCUCUGUACACAAUGUGGAAGUCCCAGCUGACUUCAGCAUCACCAAGAAGAUUGAGAGUGUUUUGCAGGAGGUUGGGUUCAGUGAGAAGAGAGCCAGGUCCAUGGACAUUGACGACUUCAUGGUGCUGCUUCAUGCAUUCAACUCUGCAGGGAUCCACUUUUCUUAAAUGGCAGAAGAAACUGAGGAGAACUAUUACUCUUAUAUCGUUAUGAUGAGAGGGGAGAAGUUAGCGUUCAGAUGAGUGGAAAGAAAUGGAUUGUCUGAUCUUUCCUCUGCUGGAGCUUUGCGGACCUGAAUUUCCUGACCCAAAUGAAAUGUGUAAACAAUAUUGGAGGACACAUAAGAGCUCAUAUUGAGUGUGCUGUUUUACCCUUAUGAGUGUAGAUGAAGUGUCACUUGGCAUGCAUGGGCAGCUUUUGGCAGAUGGAAGAUGGAUAAACCCUCUUGGUUGUAUGAGGGCCUGCCACUGUGUGUGAGAGUUUGUCAUUUAUUGAAAAUAAUCUCUAAUGGAUGAUUUCUUUUUUUUAUUUAAUCUACAUUACAAAAAAAUUACCUUCUUGUGGAAAAGGUAAAUCUUUAACAAAUGUAUAUUUGAGUGUGCAGUCUCUUAAAAAUUAAUUAAGAUCGUCCACAGGUUUUCUUUCUAUGUGACACUUUUAGUAAGUCUGUGGAACACCGUCUGACUGAAUGGUUCUGCAGACUAAGGUUGCAACUAUUGAUUACUUCAAUUCAUUUUAAAUGAAUGAUUGUCAAGUCAAAAUGCCAUCACAAUUUCUGAGGUGCAAAGAUAUUACAUUUACAAUAAUGAGACUGAAAAGUAGCAAAUAUCACAUUUUACAAACUAGCAAAUGAUUUGCAUGCCUUUUGGUAAAUUACUUCUGCGAUUAAUAAAUGUGUUUAGAAAAAGCCGUUACUAGUGCUUCCGGUGAGACCCUUUCAAAAUAAAACUCGUGUAGAAAUUAAGCAUUUAUCCAAACAAAGAUAGGGCCGAAAUGAAGUGUUAUUUGCUACCAAGAAGCGGGAGAUUUUAAACAAAGCCAGGCAAGGGUUGAAAUAAAAUAGCUGGGAGGAUGACGAUGCACUAAGCCUUUUUAACCCGUUCAUUGUUUCAAAAGAUUUGAGAGAUAAUUAGACAUCUGCUGGCCAACCUCUGUAUUGACAUUUUACGGCAGUGGACAUGUCACUUGUUACAUACUGUGUGAUAACUCAAACUACACUUAAUUGUUCAGAUGUCCAGCCUUUCAGGUAAGAAACAGCUGUUUGUAUGAUUUUUACAGCUAUUAUGUGUCAAAUACUUCUGGAGGGUCACUUAAUGUAAAGCAGGAAGCAGCUGUCACCAUGGAUACAGAUACAUUGCUUCCCUAGCUGCUGUCAUUAUUUGGUGUUUCUCUGAAUACAAAACUAAAAUACUGAGUAAUGCUACAAGAUACAUUUUUCACA